AUGGAAAUCUCUCAUUCUAAAUUAGAAAUACUCUAUGAUCAUUUUAAAACCUUUCUUCUUAAUAAUUCAUAUCUCUAUUGGAUGUAUUACAUUUCCAUGAUUUCUCUUUGUUUGAUUUUAUUAAUUUGGUCGAUAUGGGCAGGUGGAAAACCUCAUGUUACAUCAGGAUCCACUACUCAAACGGUUGACACUUUAUUUAUAGUCUUAGAGGGUAUUAUUACAAUAAUAUUAAUAUUAGAAAUACUAGUUCGAAUAUUUAUAUUUUAUAAUGGAAAUAUCAUGUCUUAUUUAUUUGAUGAUUUUAUCAAUUGGUUUGAUUUGAUUGUUAGUAUAUUUUGUAUCGUUGGAUUUAUUCUAUAUUUAGUGACCUCCAAUCGAGUAGAAGAGAGAAUUGAAGAAGUAAUUGAUAGUAUUUUAAUUACUUUUAGAUUUCUUACUCAAGUAUUGAGAAUUAUUACUUUAAUACGAAAUCAAAGAAAGAGACGACAAGAAAUGUUGAAUGAAAAUUAUAUUGAUUUGAGUACAAGUAAUAAUAAUAGUACUAGUAAUAGUAAUUAUAGUAAUAGUAUUGAAACACCAAUGAAUCUCAGUAAUAAUUUCAUGAUUCAUUCCGAUCAACAACCACUCAUGUUGAAUUUUCUACGAGACACGUCCAAUGAUUCUGACUCUGAAAAUUCUCAAUCUUUUGAAGAACAUUUGGAAUUAAUGGAAAAUUCUCAAAGAAGAGACUCGUCAACGAGUACUACACUCAACGAGUCGGUGUGA